GUCAGAGUUGAAAUAGAAGCUCCAGAGCAGUGGACAGACAAGAAGACGAACGAGGUGACUUUAUGACUUUUGCUGCAGUUGAAAAAAGGUGAGAUAAAUAACAUCUGAGAUUAAAGAUUUAAGAUAAAUGUUUUGAAGGUUAAUUUUUUUAAAGUUAGAGAUUUUGGAGAUUGAAAAAACGCUGAGAAAACUAAACGUUGGUUGAAGAAGAAGAACAGGAAGAAAAUACAAACCGUUUCGGAAGGAGUCAGCUACUAGAGGAAGGAGUCAGCUACUAGAGGAAGGAGUCAGCUACUAGAGGAAGGAGUCAGCUACUAGAGGAAGGAGUCAGCUACUAGAGGAAGGAGUCAGCUACUAGAGGAAGGAGUCAGCUACUAGAGGAAGGAGUCAGCUACUAGAGGAAGGAGUCAGCUACUAGAGGAAGGAGUCAGCUACUAGAGGAAGGAGUCAGCUACUAGAGGAAGGAGUCAGCUACUAGAGGAAGGAGUCAGCUACUAGAGGAAGGAGUCAGCUACUAGAGGAAGGAGUCAGCUACUAGAGGAAGGAGUCAGCUACUAGAGGAAGGAGUCAGCUACUAGAGGAAGGAGCCAGCUACUAGAGGAAGGAGUCAGCUACUAGAGGAAGGAGUCAGCUACUAGAGGAAGGAGUCAGCUACUAGAGGAAGGAGUCAGCUACUAGAGGAAGGGUCAGCUACUAGAGGAAGGAGCCAGCUACUAGAGGAAGGAGUCAGCUACUAGAGGAAGGAGUCAGCUACUAGAGGAAGGAGUCAGCUACUAGAGGAAGGAGUCAGCUACUAGAGGAAGGAGUCAGCUACUAGAGGAAGGAGUCAGCUACUAGAGGAAGGAGUCAGCUACUAGAGGAAGGAGUCAGCUACUAGAGGAAGGAGUCAGCUACUAGAGGAAGGAGUCAGCUACUAGAGGAAGGAGCCAGCUACUAGAGGAAGGAGUCAGCUACUAGAGGAAGGAGUCAGCUACUAGAGGAAGGAGUCAGCUACUAGAGGAAGGAGCCAGGUCCUGUUCUGAAGGAGCCAGGUCCUGUUCGGAAGGAGUCAGCUACUAGAGGAAGGAGUCAGCUACUAGAGGAAGGAGCCAGGUCCUGUUUGGAAGGAGUCAGCUACUAGAGGAAGGAGUCAGCUACUAGAGGAAGGAGUCAGCUACUAGAGGAAGGAGCCAGGUCCUGUUCUGAAGGAGCCAGGUCCUGUUCGGAAGGAGUCAGCUACUAGAGGAAGGAGUCAGCUACUAGAGGAAGGAGCCAGGUCCUGUUCGGAAGGAGCCAGGUCCUGUUCGGAAGUAGUCAGCUACUAGAGGAAGGAGUCAGCUACUAGAGGAAGGAGCCAGGUCCUGUUCUGAAGGAGCCAGGUCCUGUUCGGAAGGAGUCAGCUACUAGAGGAAGGAGUCAGCUACUAGAGGAAGGAGCCAGGUCCUGUUCGGAAGGAGCCAGCUACUAGAGGAACAUACAGGACAUCAUGGUGGAGAGAAAACCCCUGCUUCUGCUGCUGUUACUCUGUAUCUACACCUCCUCUGCCUACCCUGUAAGACAGACAGGACCACCUCUACCUAUCGGUGGCUGGACUGGGUUUUAUCCCAUAACCUUGCCUGACCACACAGGAGCACUGAGGACUGUCCUCUACCCUUUGACUGUAUACAACCACAACCUUCCAACACAGCCUGCCAUUGGCCAGAAUCCUGUAUCGGUGCCUGCCAUUGGCCAGAAUCCUGUAUCGGUGCCUGCCAUUGGCUGGAAUCCUCUUCUACGUUCUGUAUCGGAGCCUUUGAUUGGUCAAAAUCCUCUAUCAGUGCAUGUGAUUGGACAGGAGAUGACUGUGUUUCAGACUCCCUCCCCUCCUCAGUUUAAAGAUACGCCUGCGGCCCCUGUAGAGGAAACUCCCAUGGUGACAGGUCCACAGUCCCAGCUCCAGCCAUACUACCCACAGGCCUACCCCUACGACCCACAGCCCUACCCCUACGACCCACAGCCCUACCCCUACGACCCACAGCCCUACCCCUACGACCCAAUCACAACACAGCUACUGCCCAACCUGGAAACACUCACACCUGGGGAACAGGCACAGAUAAUGUCUAGGUUCCAUAUUAUUCCGUCAGUCUCUCAGGACAGUCAGACGGUGUUCCCCACCUGGCAGUUAAGCGGUGCAGUGGGAGGAGCCCAGUCUCAGUCGUCGUCUCUGAGUUCUGAAGAGGAAGCUUCACCUCCUGUGGUCUACACCAGGGUGAUGUUGCCUCCAGUGGUGCCAGCGUAUCAGAGCCAGGGGCUGAGUGUGGACCCUAACCCUGAACCUUCAGUCUUAACCCCUGACCCCUUACCUCUGACCCCUGACCCCGGCCACGCCCACCUGGGGAACCCCCCGACUGUAGCCCCGAUGGCCUCGGGGGGGCAGGGGACCCCCAAACCUGAGGUGGGGGGUGCGGUAGGGGUACAGAUGAAGAGUGCCGUGGAGAAGGGUACAGAGGGGGCUGUGGGGGUGAGAGAGGGGGGAGGGGUACAGAUAAAGAGUGGAGGUGCAGGUGACCCCUGUCCCUUGGAGAAGAGCCCCCCAGUAAGAGAGACCCAAACUUCUACCCAUUCCGAUCCUCGCCUCACACAUCGUCUCACCCCCAGGCAGCUCCCCAUCCGAGCUAGGAGCGAUGGGGGGAGAGCCUGAGGAGGACGGGGUUUUCUUUCCCUCUCCUACCUCUCCUACGUAUCCUCCUCUCUCCCCCUCCUACCUCUCUCCCUCUCCUCCUCUCUCCCCUCUCCCCUCUCUCACUCUCCUACCUCUC